AUGGACACACAUGACGUCUCAGACGUUCCAGAAUAUUUCCAGGCCCUUCUCAAGUACAAAAAGCAACUUCAAGAUGCCAAAUCUCGCAAAGGACAGCGCCCUCAGGGGAGACGACCCCGGGAAGAAAUCAUAAUGAAGCACAUGUUUAGUAUGAUGACGCUGCGGGCUCAACCGAGCAGUGGAUUCAAUCUGCGGUCAACAUUCGUGCCGGCGGCCUAUACUCCCUGCAUCAAUGCCUUCUCCGACCUGAAGGAAAUCAUGAUCAAAGAUCUUCUCCUUGAAACACACCACAGAGGCACCUACCUUCGACUGAAGUCAAUCACCCCGCCGACUAAAAUGACUGCGAUCAUGACCAUUGUGGAGGACAAGAAUAAGGAUGUCGUUGUAUUGCAGCUGUACCACCAAGAGGGGGAGAAUGACCGAUCGAUCGAAGACAUUGUAGGAGAAGGAACGACCCUGAUUGUACGAGAUCCAUACCUCAAGACGAUGUCUGAUGGAGAGUAUGGGCUCCGUGUCGACCAUGUCUCCGAUGUCAUAUACCUCCCACCGUACGAUGAAAGAGUUCCAGAUUGUUGGCAACUAAAAAGCACCGAGCUUAACACCUCAGUCGAUGCCUGGAAGACCCAAGGGAACGACAAAUUCAAAGAGGCCAAGUACAGAGCUGCCAUUGAAUGCUACACGAAAGCCCUCGAUUGUUCCCCAACAGAAGAAGAGACUCACACCAUCAAGGUCAAUCGAGCUCUAGCCUUCCUUAAGGUUAGACGAUUCGAUGCCGCUCUUACUGAUCUGGAAUCUGAGUCGCCUCCUCCAAAGCCAACCGAGAAGGCUCUGUACAACAAGGCACUGGCGUUGUACAACCUUCAGAGGUAUCGAGAAUGCUCUGAGGUUCUCAAAACUCUCCGUUUGGCUUAUCCAAAUAAUGUGGCUGCCAAAGAUAGAUUCACUCGCACCAUCCAGCGGCUUGCAGAGCAAGAGAGCGGCAGGUACAAAUUCAAGGACUUGCGCACGGAAGCUGCCAAAUUGCGCCCGCCACACUUGGAUCAUGCCACAUAUACGGGUCCAGUAUGUAUCAGAACAUCGGGUGACCGGGGCCGCGGUCUCUUUACCACAAAAGCAGUCAAGGCUGGCGAGCUACUUUUGUGUGAGAAAGCCUUCGCGCAUGCCUUCGUUGAUCCUGAAAAGGGAGCUGUGGACGGGAAUAUGACUCUGCUGAUUAACGCGGAAACUGACACCAUAACCAUGGGAGCUCAGCCAGAACUCAUCCAGUUGAUCGUCCAGAAGUUGUAUCGGAACCCGUCCUUGGCCCCAGUCAUCACCAGUCUUCAUCACGGCUCAUACGAACCUGUCAAUGUUUCUGAGGUUGAUGGAACCCCAGUGGUUGAUACAUUCCUCGUGGAGCGGAUCAUAAGCCUGAACGGCUUCGGUUGCCCAAUUUUGUCUCGCGAGUCUCAUAUACGUGCUCUGAACGACGAGGCCGAUCCAAAGGCCAACGUGACGGAGGAAUCAUUCAGCUCUUGCGGGAUCUGGCCGAUGGCAUCAUACAUAAACCACUGCUGCUACAGUAACUGCAGACGAGCUUUCAUUGGUGAUAUGAUGGUGGUUCGCGCUGCGCAAGACCUCGCGGCUGAUACAGAACUCACAUUUUGUUAUUACCCGCCCAGUCCUGAUGGAUAUGACAAGCGGCAGAAGAAGCUCCGGCACUGGAACUUCCGAUGCGACUGCAUUAUAUGCCAGGAUGAUCAGGCCACAAAGGAGAGUGUCUGGGCGAAAAGAAAGAAUCUGAGGGCUAGUGCGCAGAGAUACCUCAACUCUGACAGAACGACGGAUGCAGCCCGGAUUGAGACCAUCGUGGCUGCGCUCGCCGGUACAUACCAUCGACCGGCGUCUCAGGUGCCUCGUCUCAGUGUGGCGGAUGUCCAGCUAGCCCUCGCAAAGAUGUAUCUCGCGCGUCAGCAACCAGCCAAGGCCAUCGACUUGGGACUGGGAGCUCUGGAAUCUCUCGGUUAUGUCAUCCAUGGUGGAAGACUGCCGCGCACUCUGGGCACGCCUAUGGUCGUUAAGCGGUGGGGGCUGAUGCAGGAUCAUCAUGUUGAGUGCUAG